UUCACUUUGUGAGGGUGAAAUGGUGUACCUGUGGGAAGGCUUGGUGGCUGGUACUGAGAAGGGCCUAAGUAAAAGUAAGCCCCCUUCUCUUCCUCUGUCUCCAGGUCUGCUCCCUGGGGAAGUAGAAGGUCUGGGGAAAUGGUAUGGAGCUGACACAGUGGCAGGGUGCCUGGGUGCCUGUAGGCUGUGUGAUCUUGGGCCAGUUCCUCUCUCUCACUGGGUCAAAAGAGAGGCUGGGGUGGCUGGUGCCUGGGGGCCCUCCUGGAGUGGUGUCAAGGGGCCAGGAGGGUCUGACCACUCCUCUUUGUCCCUUGACCCCCUCGGGGACCCAGGUGGGACUUGGCUUAGUGGCCAUGGGCAAGCAGAACAGCAAACUUCGGCCGGAGAUGCUGCAGGACCUGCGGGAGAACACAGAGUUCUCGGAGCUGGAGCUGCAGGAGUGGUACAAGGGUUUCCUCAAGGACUGCCCCACGGGCAUCCUCAACGUGGACGAGUUCAAGAAGAUCUACGCCAACUUCUUUCCCUAUGGUGACGCCUCCAAGUUUGCCGAGCAUGUCUUCCGCACCUUCGACACCAACAGCGACGGCACCAUCGACUUCCGGGAGUUCAUCAUCGCGCUGAGCGUGACCUCGCGUGGCCGCCUGGAACAGAAGCUCAUGUGGGCCUUCAGCAUGUACGACCUGGAUGGCAACGGCUACAUCAGCCGCGAGGAGAUGCUGGAGAUCGUGCAGGCCAUUUACAAGAUGGUUUCGUCCGUGAUGAAGAUGCCGGAGGACGAGUCGACCCCGGAAAAGAGGACUGAGAAAAUCUUCCGCCAAAUGGACACAAACAACGAUGGCAAGCUGUCCCUGGAGGAGUUCAUCCGCGGGGCCAAAAGCGACCCGUCCAUCGUGCGUCUGCUGCAGUGCGACCCUAGCAGCGCCUCCCAGUUCUGAGCGAGAGGAGCCAGGUUUCCCCUCCCUGCCUUCACUGGCCCUCUCCCGGCUCUCCGCUUCCUCGCCCUUGUGUCUGUCGAGGCUGGGGGUCAGAUUGCCACCCCCAGGGUCUGCAUUCUGGGGGGCCUGUGGAGAAAGGAACCCUGCAGUCCCCCCAAGCCCCAAGCCAGCAAGUAGGUUAGCACCCCCCAUCCAGGAGGCAGUAUCUCCCUUCUGCAAUGAUAGCGACACAGGCUCUGGCUUGGUCUGCCCCUCAGAGUCAGCCCUUCCUUACCUGGAUAUCACAACUUCAGCCACCUCCCCACCCCUUCCCCCCCCACACCCCAGCCAUGAGGCCAGACUUUCCUCCCACAACCAUGGGGCACGCUCCCCCACCUCCACCCCCACCCUUGUAGACCUCAGCCUUGUUGGAGCUGGGAAUCAUACCCAGGUAAGGAGCCUGUCUUUAUUUGGAGGGGAGAGAAGGAUUCCAGAGGUGUGGAGGCUUGAGGAGAAACCUUCCUUGAGCCGUCCUUCCCUGCAGGAGGGACUCAACCCUGCUUGCUCCUGCCCUUGUUGGCCUGGAGGCCAUGAUGCAAAAGGAAAACCCCCUGAUUCCAGCCCCCGAGCUGUGAGUCCCAUGAGACCCCGCCUGCGUUUCAGCAUUUUGAUGAACACAGACCCACGGACCCCUCGGUGUAUCUUGUCUCUCUCAGAUACACACAGGCCCACAGACAGAUGGGUAGACCCACCUAGAGCCCCACCCACAGCGUCCUGUGUGGGAAAGAAGCACAGGCCCCCUGGCCAAGCCCCCUCCCCCACUGCAUGCAUCUACGUGGAGCAUCUCUGUUCUUUUUAAUAACUUCAGAAUAAAGUCUCGUUUCAGUGCA